AAAAAAUAAAAAAGAAGGAAGUCCUUGAUUUCGGCAAAUGUUACUUUGAUAGUCGUUAGUCAAAAAAAGCCAUCAGGUGGAAACAUGGAAACGAUGGAGACUCGUAGGACAAAAACGAGGACACUGCCGUGUUUUUCCCAACCAAAGACUUGUCAACUCUACUCUCUUUUCUUUUCUUUUUCCACUUUCUUUUUGUUAUGUCACCAAAUGAAGAAUUACAACAUUAAUUCCUUAAUCUGAUAAACUAUCAAGUGCCAUCAUAUGUAAAAAAACUAUGGCAACCUGUGCCGUUCAUGGUGGCUGCCCCUCCGACUAUGUGGCCGUUUCCAUAGCCAUCUUCUGCGUGAUUUUACUCAUUGUGAAGUCAACUUUGCCGUUUUUAAUACACAAGGACAAGGUUCCCAGCGGAAAAGGCAGUGCCUUUUGGAUUCCAGUCAUUCAAGUCAUUGCCAGCUUCACCUUUCUGCUAUCAAUAUUGAUGUCAGUUAAUUUCCUCAAAUACAAAAAGAAGCAUUGGUGGCUGUCUUGCUAUGUUUGGGCAGUAUGGGUUGAAGGUCCACUUGGAUUUGGUUUGUUGAUGAGCUGCCGCAUAGCACAGGCCUUCCAACUAUACUAUGUAUUUGUCAAGAGACGUUUACCACCAAUUAGAUCUCAUAUUUUUCUUCCACUUAUUCUCUUGCCAUGGAUUGCUGGCGCUGCACUUAUUCACGUGAAGAAGCCUCUCAAUUACAGAUGUCACAUGCAAACUUACUGGAUAAUCCCAGUUGUAUGUCUCCACACGUUGUAUGUCGCUGUUUUAGUCAUGUUCACAGGGGCAAUUCGGCACAUAGAGUUUAGGUUUGAUGAACUCAGAGACCUGUGGCAGGGAAUACUCGUCUCAGCCUCACUUAUUGGAGUUUGGGUUUCUGCUUACAUCUUGAAUGAAGUUCAUGAUGAUAUCUCAUGGCUUCAAGUUGCCUCCAGAUUUCUGCUUUUAAUUACAGCCAGCAUUCUCGUACUGGUAUUCUUUUCCAUAUCAAUUUCACAGCCUCUGCUCUCACAAAUUAGCUUGAGAAAAAGGGAACCUCUAGAAUUCAAAACCAUGGGUCAAGCUCUGGGCAUACCAGAUAGUGGACUGCUAUUGCAAAGAGAACAAGCUGUUGUCAUUGAUCCUAAUGAACCAUUGGAUAAGCUUCUUCUGAACAAAAGAUUCCGUCAGUCUUUUCUGGCAUUUGCAGACAGUUGUUUGGCUGGGGAAAGUGUGCAUUUCUUUGAAGAGGUGCAUGAGCUGGGAACAAUUCCAAUAGAUGACCCUGUAAGAAGGAUCUACAUGACACGACAUAUCAUCAAUAAAUACAUAAUUGCAGGUGCAGCAAUGGAAGUUAACAUAUCUCAUAGAAUCCGGCAAGAUAUUUUGACCACCACGGAUCUGACACAUCCUGAUCUCUUUAACAAUGCCCUAAAUGAACUGAUGCAGUUGAUGAAAACGAACUUGGCAAAAGAUUACUGGUCAUCCAUGUACUUCAUCAGAUUCAAAGAAGAAGCCAGCGUGAGAUCUAAUGGCCAUGAGAUGGAACACACUACAGGAUAUAACUUCUCUCCCAGGUUGAGUUCUGUUCAUGCCACUGAUGAUCCCUUUCACCAGGACCCAUUUUCACGGGGUUCUAGCCACGAUAGUCAUGAUUCAUAUCCAUAAUGAACUAAGAUUUGUAAAUUGUCAUUCGGUUGACUAUAAAUUCAUACAAGAAACGGGUUCUGAUUUGCUAAACCGGCUCCCAUCCAUAAGUGUUAUCACUCAUAUACCAUUCAACACAUCUAAAAUAGUCAUUGGCUUGGCCUAUCAACCUCUUACUAAGUGGAUGGUGAAACACAAGCAGAGAAGAAAGAUUUAAGGAAAAAGAGGCUUAAAACAGAAUGGAAUGCCUUCGUCAGAUACAGUGGCAACAUAUUUCAAGUUCCAGCUUCCAAACUCUUUGAGUAGUUGGACAUAUCUAUGCCUUUUAAGGGCAAUAUUUAACUUCAACUUUAUGUUUCUUUAAUAAAUUUGGGGUAUUGAAAGCCGUUUCCUUGGCUGAA